GAAUUACAGAGAUGGAAUCUAUUGUAAUGAAAGGCGGAGAUGGCCCCUACAGUUACCGGCGAAAUUCCAUGAUACAGGAUCCUGGUUCGAAAGAGACAAGAAAAAAAGCAGGGGAUACAUGUAAUGUAAGCAGAAUAAGACAAAGACAAAGGGGAUUACAGUUUGUAGGAUCCAUUUCUGGCGAACGAAGGACUCAUGGGCAGCUGCAAAUACUCAAGCUAAGGAGGAGAAAGAUGGAGGUACCAUGGAGCUUGCGGUGGUUCUAGUAGCCAGUAGGGGAGGAGGCAGGCGCUUCGGGAGGGGUGCCCACUACCAAACAAUCAAGAGACUGGGUCUGCUCCUUACACAGGGCUCCUCACAACGACCUUACAUGAACAUCCCACCAUGCAUUGGGAAUAAGAGAGAAGGGUUAAAACGUAUAAAACCCUUGGUCUACAAUGGCAUCCAAGAAAUGCUUGAUCUUGAUCCUUCUGCCUCUGAUCAUGUCUUCCGCAUAGCCGAUCUUGGUUGUUCAGUGGGACCCAAUACCUAUGAAUGUGUUGAGAACAUAAUAGAAGCAGUGGAGCACAAGUACAGAUGUCAUGGCCGCCUAAGCUCUAUUAGUAUGCCAGAGUUUCAAGUCUUCUUCAACGACCACGCUGCCAAUGACUUCAAUACUUUGUUCCUCAACCUUCCCUCACACAGACACAGGCGAUACAUGGCCGCCGGUGUGCCAGGCUCUUUCUAUGGCCGUCUGUUCCCAAAGAAAUCUUUGAACUUUAUAAACUCCUCCUACACUCUACACUGGCUCUCAAGGGUUCCUAAGGAGGUGACAGAUGAAAAAUCUCCGGCGUGGAACAAAGGGAGAAUUUCUUACGUAGAUGCACCGCAUCAAGUGUCGGAGGCCUACACUGCUCAGUUUGGAAAGGACAUGGAGAAGUUCUUAGUUGCUAGGGCAGACGAGAUGGUUUCUGGAGGGUUAAUGACUCUUCUCAUUGCAGGCCGCCCAGAAGGGAUUGCCCCAGCUGACUCUGUGGCUAUUCAAAUCGUCAACUGCUUGGGAUCUGUUCUCAUGGAUAUGACUAAGCAGGGCCUUGUAAAUGAAGCUCUUGUGGACUCCUUCAAUCUACCUAUCUUCUUCCCAACUGCUUCUGAACUGAAAGAAGUGAUAGAACGAAAUGGGAGUUUCAGCAUACAGAGAAUGGAAAAUUUAUGCAUCUCACCCAUGUUACACACCAGUGAACAUGCAAGAAUUCGUAGCCUCAAUGUGAGAGCAACAAUUGGAGACACGGUAUGCAAACACUUUGGUUCUCAAAUUGUUGACGAAGUCUUCGACAGGUACCGGCAGAAACUUGAAGAACUAGGUAAGAUGCCGAGCUUCACAGAGAAGUAUAAUGAGCUGUUUGUAACUUAUCUCAAGCGCAAUUAAAAGCUGUUUGGAUGAGAAUGACAGUUAAAAUAAUAAGCCCAUUGCAUAUAUGCAUGCAAUGUAUUUAGCAGUCUGAAACUUUCCAAAUCUAUGUAUACACAUUUCCAGUAUCAAACUGUUUGUGAUGAAAUA